CUUAAUGACGACUUUCUAUGAAGGCCUAAAUGAAAACUCACGGAUAUUGUUGGAUGCCUCGGCGGGCGGAUCAUUCAUGAGCCUUGAACUUGACGAAGCUGAAGAACUCAUAGAGCGGAUCUCAACAAACGGGUCCACCUGGUACUCUGAUCGUCCAUCCGCUCAACCAAAAAUUGGAGGCAUGUACGAAGUUGAUCAAAUGUCGGCCAUGGAUGCUAAGGUCGAUAGCAUGAUGAGCAUGAUCCAAAAGAUUGCUCAAGUCUCUGCUGUGCAAAACACUUCGCCAACACCGCCUCCUGUUCCUGUUCUCAUGUGUGUAUCCUGUGGUGGACAACAUAAUCAAUUCACAUGUCCAUGGGAUGCAAUGGAGCAAGUUGAUUAUGUCAAUUACAACCGGCCGCAACAACAAAAUCCAUUUGGCGGAUUUAAUUCUCAAAACAGAAAUCAUCCUAGUUUCUCAUGGAGCAAUCCUAGUGGAGCUGCCAAUCCACAAGCUUAUCGGAGUUCACCACCCGGCUUUCACAAUCAACACCAACAACAAUUUAGAGGUGGCCAAGGUUUUGCUAACAAUCAACAAGUUAAGCAAAACCAAAGCUUCCCCUAUGUUCCAAAUCAACAAAAGCCGAUCCUGCCAACUCCUGAAACACCAUCGGCUCCCGGCUUGGAUAACAUUGUUUAUCAGCUACUCAAAUCUCAACUAGCCCAAGCCGAAACCUUGAAGAAGAUUUCUGAAGAGCUUACUCAACUUCGAGCUCACAACAGGAUGCUUGAAAAUCAAAUCUCUAGUCAAGCAUCAACAUCAUCAACAAAGGUGACUGGGAAAUUGCUAGCUUGUCCUGAGAAUCCAAGAGAGCAAAUGAAUGCUAUCACUACUCGGAGUGGGAAACAAAUUCAAUCUCCAUCUCUUCCGAGUAGUGAUCCUGAAGAAGAAAGAGGAGAGGAUGUCAAAGAAGAAGCACAGAACAAAGUCAAAGGAGAUGCUGCUGAAAUGCUUCCAGAAUCAAUCCAGAUCAAAGAAGUGAAGAAAAAAGAAGAAGAAGGUAGUAUCGAUGGAGUUCGGAUUCGGCAUCGUGGGUUCCUCCGGCAACGGAAUAAGUUCCGAAAUUCCGGUGGAAACCUCUUCGGUUGCCAUGGUUGUGCCGUCCUCACCACUACCCUUCGGGGCAAGUGUGGGGGCCGCGACCAUGACGUCAUUUUCAAUGCCGAGCUCGAUCUUCGGGUCGGCCCCUCGACCCAUUCCCGCGACCAUGACGUCAUUUGCAAUGCCGAGCUCGAUCACCCCGUCGGUAACUCGAACCCGUUUCUUGGACCGACCAUGGCUUCGGCUUCGACGGUCAACCUUGGACCGAACACGGGUUUUCCCACACCGGUCAACGUAGGACCGAACGCGGGUUUCCCCACACCGAUCAAUCCAUUCGUUGGACCCCAUUGGGCGACUAACGGGCCAUUCCUCCACACGCCCAACGCAGUUGGGCCGAUUUCGGUGCCUGCUAAUUCGGUUCAAAGGCCACCGAAGUUCAAUGGGACGAACUUCAAGAUGUGGCAACAAAAGAUGAUGUUUUUCUUGACCGUCCUGGGGUUCGCUGAGUACAUACAGCAAGAUCCCCCUCAGCCCAAUGAAGCCAACGACCCCCUUGUGGCAAUGGUGAACCAAGCGUGGUACCACAACAACUAUCUCGCCUUAAAUAUUAUUCUUGAAGGGCUGGGAGAUACGUUGUACCCCGUCUAUGCCGGUGUGACGCUCGCCAAGGAGCUUUGGAAUAGCUUGAACAAAAAGUAUCAAGCUGAAGAUGCCGGCACGAAGAAGUUCAUCGUCGGAAAGAUGUUGGACUACAAGAUGGUCGAUAGCAAAUCUGUUGUCGCCCAAGCUGAGGAGCUUACAGUUAUCUUCAAUCAAUGCAAUGAAGAAAAAGUAGGCGUCAGCGAGGCCUUUCAAGUGGCGGCCAUCAUCCACAAACUUCCCCGGUCAUGGGAAGAUUUCCAAGCCGACCUCAAGCUCAAAAGAACGGAGCUGAAUCUGGAGCAACUGCUCACGCGGUUGAGGAUCCGAGAGGAAGGGCUUGCUAGAAGAAAUGGAGGGGCUAAGGCGAAUGUUGUAGAACAUCCGUCGGGCUCUUCACAUGGCGGGAAGGACAAAAAGAAGAUGGGUCCUAAAGGUGGAGUUUCUAAAUUUGCAGGAAAGUGCUACAAUUGUGGCAUUACCGGGCAUCGUUCCUCCGAUUGUAGGAAAAAGAAGCCACAAAAGGGAAAGAAGAAAACCACUGAAGCCAUGUGUGCGGAGCUUGACAACCUGGACCUCUGCGCGGUUGUCACCGAGGUGAAUCUCGUCGGGUCAAAUCCGAAGGAAUGGUUUGUGGACACAGGAGCCACACGCCAUAUUUGUUCAAACCGGAGCAUGUUUCACGACUUUCAAGAGAGCUCCGGUGACAAGUUGUCGCUUGAAGAGGAAAUCAAGGCUGCAACUGUAACGACACAAAAUAUGGCCUAAAAUUUAUUAUAAAACAAAAGUAGUUUUGAAUAUCAUUUUGGUCUAAUAAGGACCAAAAUGAUUGCACCCUAAUUGCACCCUACAAGUUUAGUUCACUUUGAAGUAAAAAAGAUUGAUCUCAAAGUCAACUGAACUUGCGAAGUGCAAUUGACGUGGGUGAGGGGAAGGGUACGUUGGGAUCAAGACUAGAUGGAGAGUUUACUGAAAGUUAGGGGUAAGAACUAUCAAUUUUAUGAAUAAAGCACUGAACCUAUU